AUGAAUAUUUUUUGUAUGUGUGUUACUUUCGGUGUUACACUACUGGUAUUCAUUAGAAUUAUGAGCACUAUGACAGAACAUUUUGGAACAAUCGCCCCAAAAUGGGAUCCAAAACGCCUAGAAAUUCGGACAAUGUCUGUAGAGAAAACUCUAGAGCCUUUAGUUUUUCAAGUGACAACACUUGUUGACACGACCGGACCCUCAAAAAAGAAAAAAGGACGAUCCAAAAGGGCACAUGUAUUGGUUGCUGCCGUGGAAAAGGCUACUGAAAAUUUUAUCGAAAAAGGAGGUAUUAUAGCAUAUGAAAAUCCAGAUAUAAAACAAGAAAUGUUGGCUGCAGUCGAGGAAGUUAGAAAAACAGGUGAAGCAAUGUCAUUAGCAGCUAGAGAAUUUGCAGAUAAUCCUUGUUUGUCUGUCAAAAGAGGAAAUAUGGUGAGAGCAGCCAGAAAUCUUUUGUCAGCAGUUACACGUUUACUUAUUUUAGCAGACAUGGUCGAUGUGCAUUUGCUCUUAAAAUCUUUAAGAGUGGUUGAAGACGAUUUAGAAAAAGUCAAAAAUGCUACGAGUCACAGUGAACUUGUAGACAGUAUUAGAGCGUUCGGUAAAAAUGCCUCUGAAUUAAUGAAUCUUGCUGCCAAGAGACAACAGGAACUUAAAGAUUCUCAUUUACGAGAUGACCUUGCAGCAGCACGCGCCGUAUUGAAAAAACAUUCUACUAUGCUUUUAACUGCGUCCAAGGUUUACGUACGUCAUCCUGAAUUAGCAGCUGCAAAAGCUAAUCGUGAUUACGUUUUCAAACAAGUUUGUGAAGCUGUAAACACAAUAUCAGACGUCGCACAAGGAAAAGGUCCUAGCAGACAUGGGCCUGGGGAAUUAGCAGCAGCUUUGGACGAAUUUGACGCGAGAAUUAUUAUGGAUCCGUUAACUUACAAUGAAGUACGUCUCAGACCUUCCUUGGAAGAACAUUUGGAGAGUAUAAUUAGCGGUGCUGCAUUAAUGGCUGAUUCUUCUUGUACAAGAGAUGAAAGAAGGGAACGAAUAGUGGCCGAGUGUAAUGCAGUGAGACAAGCAUUGCAAGAUUUACUUUCAGAAUAUAUGUCUAAUAUGGGAGUAAAAGAACCGAGCGAAGGUUUAGAAAGAGCAAUAGAUAACAUGUGUAGGAAAACGAGAGAUUUAAGACGUCAGUUAAGAAAAGCCGUGGUCGAUCACGUGUCUGACAGUUUCCUGGAAACGAACGUGCCACUUCUCGUUCUCAUAGAAGCAGCAAAAGCUGGAAAUGAAAAAGAAGUUGAAGAAUAUUCAUUGGUUUUUACCGAGCACGCUAAUAAACUUGUCGAGGUGGCCAACCUGGCUUGCAGCAUGUCGGGUAAGGAAGAUGGAGUUAAAAUGGUUCGUUACGCUGCGGCUCAAAUCGAAAAUUUAUGUCCACAAGUAAUAAAUGCUGCACACAUUUUGGCAGCUAGACCAAGAUCAAAAGUCGCGCAAGAAAACAUGGACGUGUUUAAAGACGCAUGGGAAAAUCAAGUACGAAUUUUAACGGAAGCUGUCGACGACAUUACAACCAUAGAUGAUUUCUUGGCCGUAUCCGAAAAUCACAUAUUGGAAGAUGUCAACAAAUGUGUUUUGGCAUUACAAGAAGGGGAUGCGGAUACGUUGGAUCGUACUGCUGGCGCAAUCAGAGGACGAUCAUCGCGAGUUUGUAAUGUUGUAGGUGCGGAAAUGGAUAAUUACGAACCUGGAAUAUACACGGAGCGCGUACUGGAAGCCGUUAAAGUAUUAAGAGACCAAGUUAUGCCAAAUUUCGCGCAAAGAGUUGAAGUUGCCGUCACUGCAUUGUCAUCAAAUCCUAACAAAGAUGUCGACGAAAAUGAAUUUAUCGACGCAUCUCGUUUGGUUUACGACGGUGUUAGAGAAAUUAGACGAGCCGUACUUAUGAUAAGAACGGAUGAGGAACUUGAUCCCGAUGAUGUCGAAUUUGAUGAUCAUUAUAUAUACGAGACGAGAAGCAAAUCAAGCGCUCACACGGGUGAUCCACACGGAAUCGACGAAUAUCCCGACAUAAGUGGAAUCACAACAGCAAGAGAAGCCAUGAGAAAAAUGACGGAAGAAGACAAGCAGAAAAUAGCUCAACAGGUUGAAAAUUUCAGGAGUGAAAAAUUAAAAUUUGAUUUAGAAGUUGCCAAAUGGGACGAUGCGGGUAACGACAUUAUAUUUUUAGCCAAGCACAUGUGCAUGAUAAUGAUGGAAAUGACUGAUUUUACCAGGGGUCGCGGACCUUUGAAAACGACCAUGGAUGUUAUAAAUGCUGCCAAGAAAAUUUCAGAAGCGGGAACGAAAUUGGAUAAGCUAACGAGACAAAUUGCCGAUCAAUGUCCGGAAUCGUCAACGAAAAAAGAUUUACUGGCUUAUUUGCAAAGGAUCGCUUUGUACUGUCACCAAUUAAACAUAACAUCAAAAGUAAAGGCUGACGUACAAAAUAUUAGCGGAGAAUUGAUCGUUUCAGGGUUGGACAGUGCGACAUCAUUAAUUCAAGCUGCCAAAAAUUUAAUGAACGCCGUUGUUUUGACGGUGAAAUCUUCUUACGUUGCUUCCACUAAAUAUCCAAGACAGGGAACGGUUGCUUCUCCCAUCGUCGUUUGGAAAAUGAAAGCGCCCGAAAAAAAACCGUUGGUACGUCCGGAAAAACCCGAAGAAGUCCGAGCAAAAGUUCGUAAGGGAUCGCAGAAAAAAGUUCAAAAUCCAAUUAAGGCAUUGAGCGAAUUUCAAAGUCCAACGGAAUCUGAAAACUUAUAUAAAAUGAAUAAAAAGAAUGCAUUUGUGAGAAUUAAUAUAUAA